AUGUUAAUGGAAAGUGUGGAAGCAGUUCUAAAAUUGUAUGAUACAGAAUACGAACAGUUUAAAACGAAUAAUUUUAGUUUAAUAGAUAAACAUUUUUCUGAAUUGUUGGAAAUGUGUGAUGUACAUUACACGCUAUAUCAUGCAGGUGGAACUUGUAAGAUCGGACCAAAAUCGAAUCCUGAGGCUCUGAUCGAUGAAAGAUUGAAGAUUUAUGGGAUCGAUGAUUUGAGGAUUGUUGAUGUAUCGAUCAUACUGAGGAUUGUUAAGGGAGAAUACGAACGAAUAUACUAUUAUGAUCACAGAGAAAUAUAG